GGCGGCGCGGCGCGUGAGGCCGCCUCUGGCCGAGCGGCGCCGCCAACAUGUCGGAUACCAAGGUAAAAGUUGCCGUCCGGGUCCGGCCCAUGAACCGACGAGAACUGGAACUGAACACCAAGUGCGUGGUGGAGAUGGAAGGGAACCAACGGGCCUGGACCCUCCCCCCUUCCAACACCAAACAGGGAGAAAGGAAACCUCCCAAGGUAUUUGCCUUUGAUUAUUGCUUUUGGUCCAUGGAUGAGUCUAACACCUCAAAAUAUGCCGGACAAGAAGUGGUUUUCAAGUGCCUUGGGGAAGGAAUUCUUGAAAAAGCCUUUCAGGGGUAUAAUGCGUGUAUUUUUGCAUAUGGACAGACAGGUUCGGGAAAGUCCUUCUCCAUGAUGGGCCAUGCUGAGCAGCUGGGCCUCAUUCCAAGGCUGUGCUGUGCGUUAUUUAAAAGGAUCUCUUUGGAGCAAAAUGAGUCACAGACUUUUAAGGUCGAAGUAUCCUAUAUGGAAAUUUAUAAUGAGAAAGUUCGGGAUCUUUUAGACCCCAAGGGGAGUAGACAGUCUCUCAAAGUUCGAGAACAUAAAGUAUUGGGACCAUAUGUAGAUGGUUUAUCUCAACUGGCUGUCACCAGUUUUGAGGAUAUCGAGUCUUUGAUGUCCGAGGGAAAUAAGUCGCGAACCGUAGCCGCCACCAACAUGAACGAGGAGAGCAGCCGCUCCCACGCCGUGUUCAACAUCAUCAUCACCCAGACGCUGUACGACCUGCAGUCCGGGAACUCGGGAGAGAAAGUCAGUAAGGUCAGCCUGGUAGACCUGGCGGGCAGCGAAAGAGUGUCCAAGACUGGAGCUGCUGGCGAGCGACUGAAGGAGGGCAGCAACAUCAACAAAUCAUUGACAACCUUAGGGCUUGUUAUAUCAUCGCUGGCUGACCAGGCUGCAGGCAAGGGUAAAAACAAAUUUGUGCCUUAUCGAGACUCGGUCCUCACUUGGCUUCUUAAGGACAAUUUGGGGGGCAACAGCCAGACCUCCAUGAUUGCCACCAUCAGCCCCGCAGCAGACAACUAUGAGGAGACCCUGUCCACGUUAAGAUACGCAGACCGAGCCAAGCGGAUUGUGAACCAUGCCGUGGUGAACGAGGACCCCAAUGCCAAAGUCAUCCGAGAACUGCGGGAGGAAGUGGAGAAGCUGCGGGAGCAGCUCUCCCAGGCCGAGGCCAUGAAGGCUCCUGAACUGAAGGAGAAGCUCGAAGAGUCUGAAAAGCUGAUAAAAGAAUUAACAGUGACGUGGGAAGAGAAGCUGAGGAAGACAGAAGAGAUCGCACAGGAGAGACAGCGACAGCUUGAGAGCAUGGGCAUUUCUCUGGAGACGUCCGGCAUCAAGGUGGGGGAUGACAAGUGCUACUUGGUCAACCUGAAUGCAGACCCUGCUCUCAACGAGCUCCUGGUUUAUUAUUUAAAGGAUCACACCAGGGUGGGUGCAGACACCUCUCAGGAUAUCCAGCUCUUCGGGAUAGGGAUUCAGCCUGAGCACUGUGAGAUCGAUAUCGCCUCCGACGGAGAGGUCACUCUUACUCCGAAAGAAAAUGCAAGGUCCUGUGUGAACGGUGCUCUUGUGUGCAGUGCCACCCAGCUGUGGCACGGUGACAGAAUCCUGUGGGGAAAUAACCACUUUUUUAGGAUCAACUUACCGAAGAGGAAGCGGCGAGAUUGGUUGAAAGACUUCGAGAAGGAGACGAGCCCGGCAGAGCAUGACCUGGACGCCGCCAGCGAGGCUUCCUCGGAGCCCGACUACAACUACGAGUUCGCCCAGAUGGAGGUCAUCAUGAAAACCCUCAACAGCAACGACCCAGUUCAAAACGUGGUGCAGGUCUUGGAGAAGCAGUACCUAGAAGAGAAGAGAAGCGCCCUGGAGGAGCAGCGGCUCAUGUACGAGCGGGAGCUGGAGCAACUGCGCCAACAGCUCUCCCCUGAGCGGCAGCCCCCGAGCGGCGGCCCCGACCGCCUGUCCUACAGCAGCCAGACAGCCCAGCAGAAGGUGACCCAGUGGGCAGAGGAGAGGGAUGAACUCUUCCGGCAGAGCCUGGCCAAACUACGAGAGCAGCUAGUCAAAGCUAAUACCCUGGUGCGGGAAGCAAACUUCUUAGCUGAAGAAAUGAGCAAACUCACUGAUUACCAAGUGACUCUCCAGAUCCCUGCUGCAAACCUCAGUGCCAACAGAAAGAGAGGUGCGAUAGUGAGUGAGCCUGCUAUUCAGGUGAGGAGAAAGGGGAAGAGCACCCAGGUUUGGACCAUUGAGAAGCUGGAGAACAAGUUAAUUGACAUGAGAGACCUCUAUCAAGAAUGGAAGGAGAAUGUCCCUGAGGCCAAGAGGCUCUACGGGAAGCGAGGGGACCCUUUUUACGAAGCCCAGGAGAACCACAACCUGAUUGGUGUGGCCAAUGUGUUCCUGGAGUGCCUGUUCUGUGACGUGAAGCUUCAGUACGCAGUUCCCAUCAUCAGCCAGCAGGGGGAGGUUGCAGGGCGUCUGCAUGUGGAGGUAAUGCGGGUGACGGGGGCUGUUCCCGAGCGCGUGGUGGAGGAUGACUCUUCAGAGAACUCGAGCGAAAGCGGGAGCCUGGAAGUCGUGGAUGGCAGCGGAGAGAUCAUUCACCGCGUCAAGAAGCUGACGUGCCGGGUCAAAAUCAAAGAGGCAACUGGGUUGCCCUUAAGCCUGUCCAAUUUCGUCUUCUGUCAGUACACGUUCUGGGACCAGUGUGAGUCUGCCGUGGCUGCCCCGGUGGUGGACCCCGAUGUGCCCUCCCCACAGUCCAAGGAUGCCCAGUACACAGUGACCUUCUCUCACUGUAAGGACUACGUGGUGAAUGUCACCGAGGAGUUCCUAGAGUUCAUAUCAGAUGGAGCGCUGGCAAUUGAGGUCUGGGGCCACCGGUGUGCUGGCAAUGGCAGCUCCGUCUGGGAAGUGGACUCUCUCCACGCUAAGACAAGAACAUUGCAUGACAGGUGGAAUGAAGUAACUCGAAGAAUAGAGAUGUGGAUCUCCAUAUUAGAACUGAAUGAGUUGGGGGAAUAUGCCGCCGUGGAGCUUUAUCAGGCUAAAGAUGUCAACACGGGGGGCGUCUUCCAGCUCAGACAGGGUCACUCCCGGAGAGUGCAAGUCACAGUGAAACCUGUUCAGCAUUCAGGGACACUGCCGCUCAUGGUUGAAGCCAUCUUGUCGGUAUCCAUUGGCUGCGUAACUGCCAGGUCCACCAAACUCCAAAGAGGGCUGGACAGUUACCAGGAAGAAGACUUAAACUGCGUCCGAGAGAGGUGGUCAGAUGCACUCAUCAAACGACGAGAAUACUUAGAUGAGCAGAUUAAAAAAGUCAGCAAUAAGAAAGACAAGACAGAGGACGACGUGGAGCGGGAGGCGCGGCUGGUGGAGCAGUGGGUGGGGCUGACGGAGGAAAGGAACGCUGUGCUGGUGCCCGCCCCGGGCAGUGGGAUCCCCGGCGCCCCGGCUGACUGGAUUCCACCUUCUGGAAUGGAAACCCACAUACCAGUUCUCUUCCUUGAUUUGAAUGCGGAUGACCUCAGUGCCAACGAGCAGCUUGUGGGUCCACACGCAUCAGGCGUGAACUCCAUCCUGCCCAAGGAGCAUGGCAGCCAGUUUUUCUACCUGCCCAUUAUAAAGCACAGCGAUGACGAGGUUUCAGCUACUGCCUCUUGGGACUCCUCAGUACACGACUCUGUUCACUUGAACAGGGUCACACCGCAGAAUGAAAGGAUUUACCUGAUUGUGAAGACCACCGUCCAGCUCAGCCACCCGGCUACCAUGGAGUUGGUAUUAAGGAAACGGAUUGCAGCCAACAUUUACAACAAACAGAGUUUUACACAGAGUUUGAAGAGGAGAAUAUCAUUGAAAAAUAUAUUUUAUUCCUGUGGGGUAACCUAUGAAAUAGUCUCCAACAUACCAAAGGCAACCGAAGAGAUUGAGGACCGGGAAACCUUGGCUCUCCUGGCAGCCCGGAGUGAAAACGAGGGCACGUCCGACGGAGAGACGUACAUUGAGAAGUACACACGGGGCGUGCUGCAGGUGGAGAACAUUCUGAGCCUUGAACGGCUCCGGCAGGCCGUCACGGUCAAAGAGGCACUUUCCACCAGAGCCCGGCACAUCCGGAGGAGCCUCAGCACACCGAAUGUUCACAAUGUUUCCUCUAGUCGACCAGACCUUUCUGGCUUUGACGAAGAUGACAAGGGUUGGCCAGAGAGCCAGUUAGACAUGUCUGACUACAGCUCCAGUUACCAAGAUGUGGCGUGCUACGGAACUUUACCCAGGGAUUCGCCUCGGAGGAGCAAAGAAGGUUGUGCCUCGGAGAAUCCUCAUGCCUUAACAGUGAGCCCUUUUAAAGCAUUCUCUCCUCAGCCACCAAAGUUUUUCAAGCCCCUGAUGCCUGUCAAAGAGGAGCAUAAAAAAAGGACGGCUCUUGAAGCAAGACCUCUUCUAAGCCAGGAGGACUCCGAGGAGGAGGAGAACGAGCUGGAAGCUAUGAGCAGGCAGCUGAUGAACUCCCAGCCUUACGUCCCUGUGGAGUUUGCUGACUUCAGUGUUUACAACGCCAGCUUGGAGAACCGGGAAUGGUUUUCUUCUAAAGGAGAUCUGACAAACUCACGGGUCUUGGAGAAAGAGGUGUCUCGUAGCCCUACCACCAGCAGUAUUACCAGUGGCUACUUCUCCCACAGUGCCUCCAAUGCCACCCUGUCGGACAUGGUGGUCCCUACUAGUGACAGCUCAGACCAGCUAGCCGUUCAGACCAAGGAUCCAGACUCCAGUGAACAUUCCGGACUGUCACUUGGGCACGAUUCCAGACUACCCUCAAACAGAGAGUUGCCAGAAGGAGAAGGAGGCUUGGGAAAGGAGAAGACGAACAUGGUGCCACUCAAGGAACACAGUGCCUUAGCCAAAUCGAGCGCCCCCGAGAAAAGCUCCAGACUGCUGUGUAGGACUGGUUCAUGGUCAGAGCCUGAUGCCUGUCCCAGCAAAAAUGGCCAAGCAGCCAAGGAAUUCUGCCCAAGGGAGGUGACAGUUGAACACACCACAAACAUCCUUGAGGAUCAUUCUUUCACAGAGUUCAUGGGUGCGUCCGAUGGAAGAGACUUUGACGGUUUGACACAUUCUUCUGCUGCAGAGGCCUCCAACAGGAGGAACCUACCAAAUAAAACAGACAGUAAGAGUGUCCCAGAGGGGCCACGGGACACUGGCCAGCUGAAUUCCAAGUUAGAGAAUGACCAGGGCACUGGGGCUGCACGGUGAGAGGCAGCCAGCGCAUCCUCUGCUGGCCCCAGCUCGGCAGCUCUGCUCACCUGGUGGCCAUGGAAAGCACCAGCCCAUCUUAAGACCCGCUGCAGCGCGGCCAACCUCAGACCAGCGUGGGGACCCUCGUGCUUUCCCCUCCCCAGCAGGAGAAUCAGCACUUUGUCCCUCGGGUGAAUCCUCGCCUCUGCUUUCUCCAGAGAGCAAGAAAACUGAACUCCUGGAUUAACUAAGUGACAGUAUUUUUGUUUGCACUUCCUACACAUCCCACUGUGUAGAACCUCUACAGAGUCAAACAAACUGUAUUCUUGUACAGUUUUAAUCAGUUCUUAAGGUAGAAUCUGGAGUCAAGCUCUAAUGUGUUUUGUUUUAUAAAUAAUAUAUAUUAUGUAUAUGAAAUGUGUAUCUAUAGUAUGUCUGUUCAGAGACAGACAAGGCUGCACAGUAAAAGGCAGAUCCAGGUGACGUGUAGAAAAUCGAAAGGUACUGGACUUUGUUACAAAGCAACUCGGGCCAUCGCUUCUCCAUGAGCAGAUGAAAAAGAUUUUAUUGCCUAAGAAAGAGGUUGCAAAAAUCCCUCUUUACAGAAAAGGUUGCAGAUUGCUGUUCUUUAUAACCAAAGAACCUACACGGGACAGCACAUCUUUGCUGUCCCCUCUUGUUUUGUGUGAGCGUAUACGUUUGACUGCAAGUUUGGUGCCAUAUUUCCCUUGGCUACCAAGCCACCGUGCUGCCCUUCUCUGUCCUCUGUUUCACAAGCACACUGAGGAAUCUCACAGCUGUAUUCUUUGGUCUUCCACCGGCCUGACACCUGCUGACCUGACAUUGUAUGAUAACCUUGACAAGGCCUGGGGCCUGGCUCCAGCCCAGCUUCCUACACAGUGACCAGUGGUGUCCAGUGGUGGGGCCAGCCAGACAGGUGGGAUGCAGAGAGCAGUGUUAAUGUGAGCCAACAAAGGGCGGACUGCGAGUUGGGGUGGGGGCUGGGGAAGGGUGCUGAUGUGGGGUUUUGCGGGUUGGUCGGGGAUUGGUAGAUUUCAUUGUGGUGUGGUUUUGCUGCUGCUGUUUUGUUUGAUUCUGAAAAAUGCUGAAGAGGCGGACUGAGCUAUAUAUGAAUUUCACCGGUUCACGUGACACCGUGUCUGCAGGAGACGGCUGAAUACGGACGACCCUGCUGUUGUGUCUUCACUUGUAAAAUUCUCCUGCAAAUGGAGAUGUUGUACAAUAUGUGUGUACAGGAGUAGCCUACGUCCCUGUGCCGGAGACGCCUGCACCGCUGGUCCGGCUGCCCAGCUGUCUACGGGUGGUGAAAGGAGGCGUGAGACCGUGCGCAGCCCGCUCUACCUUUCUCCUUCAAGUUCGUAGCAUUGGGAAAUGAGGAGACAUUGGAGACUUUAUUGAAAAGCUGCUGUUCAUGAUUUUUGUGUAUAGUGAGCUGACUGUAGUAUUUUACUAUUGUCUGUUUUAAAGGAAGAAAAACUGUAAUUUAUAUCCCCUUUCGACUUUAUUGUAUUUAAUUGGUACAGAUUUGUUGUGUGUGUUUUAGAAUACAAACUGUCUAAUUCAGAUUUUAAAA